CAUCCUAUCCCCUGAGCCACAAUCAAUCGACACCGAGUAACCGAGCAGAAGUUGAAAGUCUAAAACAGCGGGCACUGUGAGGUGUGACCUGUUGGUUUGUCCUGUUGUUGUCAGUGGUUGUUGUCAACACCUGCCUCUAGUUAAGGCGGGAUGGAUACCGACUUGACCUUCUCUUCUCGUCGGUCACCUGUGGUGUGUUUACACGGCUGUGUGGCGUCGAACCAGCCGCUAGCUUCAAAUGUAGGACUGGACAUCCUGAAGCGUGGUGGUAAUGCGGCAGAUGCUGCAGUCGCCAUAGCAGCAGCACUCGCGGUAACAGAGCCGUGCAGCACCGGUCCUGGUGGAGACGCCUUCUGCUUGUUCUAUGACGCAAACACUGGAGAGAUCAGAGGAAUCAACGGCAGUGGUCGUUCGCCCAGAGCUCAGACUCUGGACUUCCUCAAAGGACGUGGUUACACUGCAGAAGCCCCUCCUUCACCUUUUGAUGCCGUGUAUGUCACAGUACCAGGGGCCCCUGCAUGCUGGUGUGAUGCAAUACAGCUGUUUGGUAGUCACAAGCUGUCCUUGCAGGAGGUGCUAAGGGGGGCGGUAGAGCUUGCAGAGGUGGGGUUUCCUGUUGGCGAGGUAGCGGCUCACCACUGGGCGAACUGGGUGGCUGCUCUGAGAGAUGCUGGGAAGGAACUAGGUGGGGACCUGCUAAUUGAUGGUCACACACCCAGAUGUGGACAAGUGUUCAGAAAUCCUGCCCUGGCUCAGACCCUGAAGGAGCUUGGAGAGCGUGGCAAACCAGCUUUCUACCAGGGCAGAGUGGCACAAGCCAUCAUCGAUGUCAUCAACCGAAAUGGAGGAGUCAUGACCCUGGAUGACCUCAGCAGCCAUGACAGUGAAGUCAUCACCCCCAUAAGCACAGAAUUCAAAGGUGUGCGUCUGUGGGAGCCUCCUCCUAACAGUCAGGGAUUGGCUGCCCUGCUGCUACUCAACAUCCUGGACAGUUUCCCCCUCAAAGCCAUGGGCCACAACAGCUCUGACUACAUCCAUGUACUGGUGGAGGCUGUGCGCUUGGCAAUGACAGACGCUCAGCGUUACCUGGGCGAUCCAGACCAUGUGACCAUCCCUUUGGACACCUUACUGGACAAGGGUUACAGCAACCAGCAAGUGCAGCGCAUCAGCAUGGACAGGGCCAUGGAACACGUGGAGCCCGGCCUGAUGACAGGAAGCGACACCGUCUAUUUCUGUGUGAUUGACAGUCAGGGCAACGCCUGCUCAUUUGUCAACAGCAACUAUAUGGGCUUUGGAAGUGGGCUGGUUCCUAAGGAUUGUGGAUUCUCACUACAGAAUCGCGGUGCCAACUUCACUCUGUGUCCUAACCACGUUAACUGUGUUGAUGGGAGUAAGCGGCCAUAUCACACCAUAAUACCUGCACUUCUCACGGACUGUGCAACCGAGUCACAAAAGCCACGACUCCUUGCUGCACUGGGGGUGAUGGGUGGUUUUAUGCAACCACAAGGACACGUCCAGGUGUUGUUGAACAUGAUGGAGUUUGGGAUGAAUCCUCAACGAGCUCUGGACGCACCAAGAGUCUAUGUACACUAUGACCACAAAACUGAUCAGUGGUUGGUUAACCUGGAGGAGGGUGUCGACAAGGAGGUAGCCGAGGAGCUGAGAAGAAGAGGCCACAAAGUCAACUGGCCAGUCACAGGCCACAAGAGGUCUCAGUUUGGACGGGGACAGAUCAUCACAGUGGGGGAUUGGUGGAACCCUUCUGUCAAUCAAGCUGAUUAUCCAUCCAGGGUGCUGUGGGCAGGAUCAGACCCUAGAGGGGAUGGCUGUGCUCAGGGAUACUAGACACACAUGACCUCCUCUUCUAUGUAGAUACAUUGAUCACAAAGCUUAUUGAUGACAAAACAAAGUGUUUAUUUUGGAGCAGAAAUACUAUAUAUUUUAAUUAUAUUAUAAAUCAUAUAUAUUUUUAACUAGCUGAUUGAUGUUACUAUGUAGGAAGUGGAUAACGACUCAGGUUUAUGACAUAGCAUAGCAUCAUAGCAACAUAUUGUACCUCCAUAAAGAUGUUGCUGUUUGCAGUUCAAUUCCAUUCAGUUUUAUUUAUAUAGCCUCAAAUCAGGACAGAAGUUAUCUCAUGACACUUUCCAUAUAGAGCAGGUCGAGACAUCAGUUCAUAAGUCAAAAUGAAUAACUCAUAAUGUCUCCUAACAGUUUCAAUUUAUAUAUUUCAUAAUUUGUGAUGGAGUCAUUGGUGCCAUGUCUCUCCACAUCUUGAUUUUAAGCUGCAUUUAUAAGCUUGAGCAGAUUUCUGUCUGCUCUUAAACGCAGAACAACAAAUAAGAAAACAAAUCUGUGUAUAGCAUUAAAUUAAAUACCAGACAUGCCUUUCCUCAACUCUGUGUUUUUAAUGAGGUAAUUAUCUGUUUCAGUCUCUUUAACCAGUCUCUGCUGAUCUGGUGUUUGCUAAAGGUGAGAACAAUAUGAUUACACGUAUAUAGAUUUAGAUAAUAAUGUGAUGUCAAUCAAGUCAAUCAGUGUUAUAUGAGUGUUAUAUUCAAUUGUUUCUAUACUGUAUUUCCAACGAUUUAUGAAAUAUGCUGGAUUUAUUCAUGAUUUUGUACUUUUUUUAGAAAUGACAAACAAAUGUGACUUAUUGAUUGUACUUACUGAUUUUGCACCUGAUGAAGAUUUGGGAUUAAAAUAUCUUCAUCAUUACAUAAAUAAAAUGCAAUGUCCUUUUAGAUAUUAAAAAAUAAGUUGUUGUUUUUUGACUCAGCACCUGGACAAGAUAGAUGUGCAUGAGCGCUAGUUUCUGAACCUCUUUUCUAAUCCAGAGUGUAGAUAUUGCUGAGUUGUUUCUAAUAUUGAAUGUUAGUGUACUGCAGCUGUUCAACAUAAUGUGGUGUUCAAAAUAGUGUUCUGUUGUACCAAUUGUGGUUUUUCAUAAUUUUCACCACUAUCAAAAAUCAGAUUCUAAUUAAUAGUCUAUUUCUAUUAAAUCGAGUUUCAGUUUAUUAUGCAGAUUAGUUAGCUGAGUGAACUCCCCAACUGUUUGUUCUUUUGAUGACCUUUCCAUCAUGAUGUGAUGUAGCACAUGAUGCAUCUGUUUUAUUGCACGAUGAUUUACCUUUGUGUGUGUGUGUAUGAACUUUAUCUUUAAGUACAUUUUUAGCUAUGAGGAGACGCCCUGCUGCCCAUCAACGUUCCACACAGACAGACAGAUAAUAGAGACAAAUAGACAGGAUGUGUGUGAAUUAUGUGAGUGGUUUGGGUUGUGUGAAAAAGGGUGUUGAAGUUGGUAAACAACUUGUAAACCUCUUGCACCCUGGAGCAGGAAGCUCAAACAUGAUUCUACUUCAGCAUAAAUCUUUUGUCGCAGAAACAUGAUUGGUUCAGACUUUCACAGUUGAUCUCCUUACAACUCCAAACUCCAGCCGGUACCAACCAUUUCUUCCUAUAAAGAGCCAUGUGUUCUGUCACCUAGACACACUAUAUUUUAUGUAAUCUGCCUUAAAUAACAGUGGUUGCAACAGCUUACAGCACAGUUUAUCUGGAUGUGCUGCAUUCCAGCUGGAUUAUAAAGCAGCUCACAAUAUGCUGGGCCCCUGAAACACAUAUAUGCACACAUAAGCAGUUUUUCUGACGCAGUAAUAUUAGGAGUUAUCUUGUGCCCUAUUGCCCUACAUUGAUUUGCUGAGUUGCUAUCAUCCUGACCUAGAAAAAGUUAGCCUCGUCUGUAUAAUGAAUUUGGAAAGAUCUAUGAAAGAUUC